CUCUAUAAUUUGAAGCAAUGAUAUCCUAGUGUUAGGCACAAGCGAGGCUUCGGAAAUUCGAGGCGGAAAGACGACAACGUGAAUAAAAUAUGACCCCGAGGUGUCGUCGGACGAUAUCACAGGUUUUGCGCUCAGACGUUCCUCGGCUUUGGACGAAGACAUGGAUCAAUUCCAAAGACAAUACAGUACCUACUAUUUCCUGCUAUGCAUCACAGGGCUAUGGCCCUUCGACAAUUCGGUUCUUGUUAAAGUUCAAAGGAUAAUUUUCGCUUCCAUUAUACUCUGCUGUGUCAUAGUCCAGUUCACAUUGCUGGCUGCGGCUGAAUUUACAUUGCAAAACACACUAAUGGCGUUAUCAUUCGGCUGUCCAACAUUAUUGUUUUUUCUACGAUACAUUGGUUUUAUCUACAAUUUUCCACUUAUGAGGUUUAUAUAUGGUAGUAUAAGCAAUGAUUGCAGUAAGCUCAAAAAUCUAGACGAACAGAACAUACUAAUGAAUCACAUCGCUGCUUCGAAACGUUUAGUCUUGAUCUACUUGCGAGUGUCGUGUUUUGGUAUCGUCUGCGUUUGUAUAGUGUUAUUGUUCCCAGUAUGGAUACAAAUUUUGAUAUCCCACAAUGUAACCCGUUCGGAGGGUAUGAAAUUUCUUGGAUUUAUAGCUCAACACGACAAGUAUGUACAUUUUAUAUCCCUACAUAUACUGUUUAAUAGUAUAAUCGGAUUACUGGUGAUAUCAGUCACCGAGUCGACGCUCAGUGUCAUGGCUUAUUAUGUUUGUGGACUAUUUAAAAUUACUAGUUAUCGAAUACGACACGCUGUUAAUAAAGCGAUUAAACAGAUUGCCUUUCCAAACCGUAACGCUUUGAAUGAAGCUAACAUUCGCGAUGUUGUGGAAACGCAUAUGAAAUCUAUUGAAAUCAUCGAAGCGGUUGCAAAGCAGACCAUGCUGGCGUAUUUAAUAGCAAUUCUAGUGGUUAUAAUAUCGUUCUCUUUGAAUCUGUACCGUGUAUUUUUAGCGGUCAUUGACAUGACUGAUCUGAUCGAAGUGCUCCUUUCUAGUGUUAUGGUGAUCAUCCACAUGGUAAUCAUGUUCUUGAACAAUUAUAGUGGACAGAAAGUAAUUGACGAUAGCAUGGACGUUUUCUACGAAACAUACUUCACAACGUGGUACUACACACCGCUGAAGAUGCAGAAACUGCUUUUAUUGAUGAUGGUUAGGAGUUCGAUAGUAUGUGAAUUUAAUCUUUCGGGUUUGUUCGUUCCAUCCUAUGAAGGCUUUUCGACGAUGAUGAGCUUAUCGUUUUCAUACUUUACUGUAUUAUAUUCAGUUCAAACUACUGGUUAGGUACAAUAGUCGUGGCGGUAGUAUCAUAGAGUAGGGGCACUCAGCAUCAUCCACGAUUAUAGAAUUCACUUUAUUCAAUAUGGAAUAUCUUGACAAAGACUCAUCUCCAGAUACACGUCGACCACUCUCCAAACACGUUUCAUGAAGUGUACGUGGAGUAUGUGAUAUGUUAUCAUAGAGGAUGUGCAGAAAGGAGAAAGUUUCUUUGAAA